AUGCCCAGCUCCGCCUCAUACCGUAAGCACACCGAGACUAUCACCAAGGACCGCUUAUCGACUGUUGAGAAGUUUGAAGACCCGAUUCUAAUUGAGAACGAGAUUGACUGCGGGCAGAUUGAGGAGAUCGUGUUGCAGGCCAAGGCGGAGCUUUCGCUCGCUAACAAGAUGUUGAAUUGGGAGGCUUGGAAGCCGAACGAACACAAGGUGCCGCCCAAACAGUGGCAGUGGCCUAUGUAA